UUUAUAGAAAUGGGGACUUUUUAUUCACAGACUUCAGAAAUGAUCAUACCUGAAGCAAACACUCCCUUGCUAGAUUACGAGAUGAAGAGAGUUAUCGAAAUGCACUCUGCCUUCAUCACUCUUUGUGACUCAUUCGCGUUGUGAUAUAAGGAAGCAGAGCAGCUAAUUAAUAUGAGUGAAGCCACUUUUGUAAUUUGGGAUAAAGACAGCAAGGGUCUUAUUGAUGCAAUCCAGCUGUUCUCAAUCUUGUGACUCUAUUCUAAGGGAAGGAUAGAAGAUAAAUGAAGAUUUCUCCUUAAUUUGUAUGACUUUAACCAGGAUAAUCAGAUCUUACCUCUAACUCUUGAAUUCAUGCUUACCAUGUGAAUGCAAGGAAUCUGAAAACUGUUUAAUAUAGACAUUCUUGAAGAGUACACUGAAGAAAUUCAAAAAUUUAUAGAAGAGAAUUAUCCCAGAGAGGUAGACAUUCCUUUUGAAGAGCUUCUCAAGGUUUAUACUACUAUCGUCCAGUCAUAGUAAAAGUAGUCUGCAAAUAUUCGCAUCUUAAAUAUUCAUAAU